UGAUAAGUGACAAGUACAAGUUCGUGCCAAGUAACUGAGAGAAAAUACUUUCGUACCCUAUGAUGACCGUGGUCUCGAAUCGUUGGUCGCGGACACACUUAAGGAAACCAAUCCCGGAAGGGAUUGUUGCCCUGUGGAAGGGUGAUGUUGGGAGGUACCAAAAUGACGUAAUGGGUUUAGACGACGUAACAUUAAUUAGUGACGUCGUCGACUCGCGCUUCGGGAAGCGCGAGCGACGCGAUAAAUGGAUUAAGAAGAGAGACGAUCGUGGUGAGUGGAAGAAGGUGGUACCCCUGAGAUCCGACCCGAACCUCGAGGCCUCGAAGAAAAAAUUGUUUACAUUCAACCAACUCCUUACGUCUGGCGUUAAUAAAUCAAAAAAAAAGGAAUAAAAUUCGCGCCCCAUUUUGAGAAAAAAUAAAAUAAAAAUAUUAACAAUGCGACAUAUUUACUCGAAAACAUGCAAGCAAUUGAAAUAAUGAAAAAAUUACUGAUUUUCCACUUCUGUAACCCACAUCAUCCAGCAAGUAAUGGUCUUAUAGAGCGUUUCCAUUCAACAUUUUUAGAAGAUUUAAAUUUAAUCAACAAUCAUCCAGAAUUUAAUAAAGAUCCAAUCUCAACAAAAAUUUUAUGUGCCACAAUAGCUUAUAACAAAUUCCAUUCGCAGUACCACAAAACUAACCCCAUUCAAUAUUUUGAAUUUGAACAAUGAACAAGAAAUCGGAGAUAUUAAUUUAGAACGUGUAAUUUUAAACAACCAUUUAGAGUCUCAUAAAGAAAAACUGUAAUUUUAAAGAAAUUAACAACCGACUAACAGACAACAAAGAAAAGAUUAUAACAAAAAUAAAUAAAGGUAGGGAAAAUAUACCAGCUCAGCUACCUGACACAGUAUUCGUUAAAAGUAAUUUUAGAUGAAAAGAUCGGAAUCGAUAUAAGAAAGAAGAAAUUUUAGAAACAAAUCCUGAGCGUAAAACGAUAAAACCUAAAAUCAAUAAAUCAAAAAGCGGCAGAAAAUUUAAUAAACUUCAUAUUGAUAAUAUUACAACAAAGCAAAAUAAACCAGUCCCUGCUGUGAAUGCCUCCCUUCUAACCGCAAG